AUGCACUUCCUCCUCCUAGGCGCAACAGGCCGAACCGGCAGAUACGUCGUCUCCGAACUUCUUUCUCAUAAUCACACUGCCGUCGCUCUUGUCCGCGAUGCCAGCAAAGUUUCUUCUCAGCCUGGCCUCACUGUCGUCACCGGCUCGCCGCUCUCUAAAGACGAUAUCCGCCGCGCUCUUACAGCUGCUCCAGGCCUGACACCAUCUGCAGCAAUCAUAACUCUCAACACGGUCCGAAAGUCAGACAGUCCCUUCGCAGCUCAAGUUUCGCCGCCUCGGUUUCUCGCGGACUCAUGCGCCAAUGCAUGUGAGGUUCUUAAAGAAGCCGGUAUCAAGCGCAUCGUCGUCAUGUCCACGGCAGGUGUUGGGGACUCGUGGGGUAAGCUUCCGUGGGUCAGCAGAGCGUUCAUGGGGUGGACGAACAUCAAGUAUGCUCUGGAGGAUCACAACCUGUUGGAUAAAGAGAUCCGAGCAACUGGCAUGGACUGGACUCUUGUGAGAGCUGUGAGACUGGACUUUGGGAAGGAGACGGACAAGAAUGUCGAGACAUUGGGUAGUGCUGGUGAAGGAAUGGGAAUGGCUGAUAGUGUCUCGCCGAAUAGCGUGGCGAGAUUCUUGGUCAAAGUUGCGGUUGAGGGAUCAUUCGUGAAGGAGGCCGUUGUUGUCCGCAACUGAAGAACAUGGCUAAUGUUUUGUUCCCGGCAUUCAGAACUGCAGGGCUUCAUGCAUCCUAUACAAUAGUAAUCACAAGAUCGAGG